AUGACGAGCAGGAUACCUCUCAUUCUUCUAGCUUGCGGCUCCUUUAACCCCAUCACAAACAUGCACAUGCGUUUGUUUGAGCUGGCUAGAGACCACCUGCACCAAACAGGGAAGUAUCAGGUGAUUGAAGGCAUAGUGUCUCCUGUUAAUGAUGACUAUGGAAAGAAAGGCUUGGUUUCAGCAAGGCACCGGGUAGCAAUGGCUAAACUAGCGCUGGAGUCAUCUGACUGGAUUCGAGUUGAUCCAUGGGAGAGUGAGCAGGAGACAUGGACAGAGACAGUAAAAGUAUUAAGGCACCAUUACAAUGAAUCACUCAGAUUGCUCCAGUCCAAGAAGGAAUUCAUGAGAAACAAACGGCCCAUAGAAAGAUCUACAGAGGAUUCCCUUUCUUAUCAGCACUCAGGUUUUGCAAAGCAUAAAAUGGAUGAAGUAUAUGGAUACCACACUAGUGAUGCUGACGCAUUGGUGUUUACUGCAUUUCUGGACAGAAAAGCCUCUGUUGACAUUAGAAGUAUGGCAGGUUCUGGAAACACUGUCAG